GUUUUGGAGGGGGCUUCUGAUCAUUCCAGGGGCAUACUGCUGUUUAAAGUCUGUGGUCUGAAAAUGAUAGAUAGGACAUGCCUUGAUUCAUUGAUGCAUGCUUGUAUAGAGUAGGCUAAGAUUGGCUGAGGCUCUUGAGAUAUAUCUUGGCCGAGAUCGCUCGCACCGCAGCCACGAUAGUCUUCAUCGAAGCCGCCGUGCGACCAUGGCUUCGCUGUGCUGGUCGCCAUGGUCGCAUCCAGUUUGAGUGUACCUCUGUGGAAAAGUGGAUGUUUCCAGAUGGGCCAAGUACUGGGUGCCUGGUAAAUGUUGGCCGUCCACCUUGGGAAGCGGAGUUCGAUCCAGGCUUUCAAGCAGAGCCACCUGACAUUGCUCCUGAACUCUUGAAACACGCGGAUCUUUGUGGUACAUGUCACCACUUGGAGAAUCGCAUCAUUACGUUUGAAUGCAGAGGCUGCCAUAAAGCGCAGCCGGUGUGCAAGGAUUGCCGGCAAAAGAUCCUUCACUGUGACCUUCCGUGCUUCUUGUGCAAGCGCCAAGGUUUGCCGUCGGCCAUUCCUCAGCCCUCUCACUUCCGCGACGGCGACCGCGACGGCGACCGCGACGGCGACCGCGACGGCGACCGCGACCGCCCUGCCGUGCCGCGGCGGAGCUUGGUCCUGACCGAUCUCAAUGGGACCCUGGGACACAGACCGCGGCAAGGAGCAUCGGUGCAAGACACGGCACAUCUACAUGUCACUGAGCUUCCACUGGGAUUUCAUGGAUAUCCUUCGCGCUUCUACCACAGGCGUCUUGCAGACGCCUUCCUGAAAGAGUUGCAGCUUCAAGAACACUGGGGGAUUUGCACCAGCAUGACACGAUUCAACGCGCUUCCAAUUCUGUGGGCCCUUCUGGAGAAAGUGCACCGGCAUGUGGCCAUCGUACCGAAUGCCGAACACAGCAACAGGUUAUAUCUCCUGAUCCUUGCACCGUGCAACGAUCUGCGGCGGCCCAGAGAGGAGCAAAGGGAGCCAGGGUUGGCUGCAAGGAUGUUGCAGCGGCUUUGUCCCUGUUUGCUUGGCUGUGUGGAUGGCUUGGUGUCAUUGAUGCAACCACGGCGGAAACGUUUGGAAUGGAAAAGAUCUCUCAUGCUGUCCUUAGAGAGGACUUGUCCUUCCAUUUUUGAGUGGAAGUUCUUCUGGUGGUUUGAUGAGUCCACCUGUCAAGACGACUUCGAUGCCGAACCGUAUCGAAAUGGCAACACCAAGAGCUACAGGAAGGUGUUCGACCUGGAUCAUAUUUCACAGGCGAGCAAUUUUCGGGUGAAGGAGAUUCUGGUGAUCUCUGGGCGUGCUGAGAAGAUAAAGCGAUAUCCACAGCAAUGCAUCCAAUGUGAAGAUUGCACUGAGAAUAAGCUCCAAGACGCCCAGGAGGAAGGCCUCAAGCCUUUGUUAAACCUCGAGGAUCUCCUGUAUCGCCACAGACAUCCCAGAGAUGCUUCUGGAGGAGUUCAUCCAAACUGGUUGAGUGCAGCUACAUCUGCGAAUUACGGCCCUCGAAUGGCAUGUCUCAAUCGAUGACGAGCUCAGCCUUUCAGCUCUCCAGCUCUCAUCUAAGACAUUUUUUAAAGAUUAGUUCGAGUAUCACAAAAGACAUCAAAAGACUAUGUCAGUGUUCCGCUGCAUUCCGCGUGUCCCAUGUGUGCAAGCGUGGAGCAA